UAAAUGUAACAUAAUUCAAAUCGAAUACGGAGUAUGAAUUUCAAUUACUGCGGGAGUAAAUUGGUAAGUACCAGACAUCCUAUAUUCAGCAAACAGCUCAUCGGAAAUCACACGUCGGCCGGUCGUGGUGGGCAUUUUUGUUCCUACUUCCGGCACAAGAGCAAAUACGCCGUGGCCCUUCCCCCCACUUUCAGCUGAAAAUGACACUACAGUCAGCUGAACUUUAGAAGCCAAUCUUACCUCACUUCAGACCUCACUCCAGCUCUAGCUAAAUCAACAAACUGACUUGUUUGCUUCUUUCAGAUCGCAAGAGUUAGGCAGUCAAAAACACAAACUUUGGGCUGGGCGGCUGGCAUAAAAAAAGAAUGAAGAAAUGGGCAGGAUGUUUGCUUAUUCUUGGUCUUGCUGUUACUUUGCUAUUUCGAUUUAGCUCCAUCGAAAAACCACUGCAGAAACAAUCAGCUUAUGAUUUUUUCAACAGUCAUCCGCCAAGUAGUACAUAUAAUGUUGAGGAUUAUGCAAAAGAUAUUAGUGAUGAUAAUGUGGAGGAGGUAAUGCCUCCAGUGAAGGAAACCAAUCAUUCUAGGUUUAAAGGGAAGCCACAUUUUGUCAACUUUGAUGGGUUAGUUGAUUUAUAUAGCUCACAUAAUGUUUCAGACUCUGUGGCUAUGCUUGUGUGGGGUGAAAUGAGGUCUUUAUUAUCGCGGUCAGAUGCACUGCCUAAUACUGCCCAGGGAAUCAAGGAGGCUUCCCUGGCUUGGAAAGAGUUGUUGCUAUCAAUAACUGAAGAGGAUAAAUCAUUGGAUGAGAAAGAAGGUAAAGAGUGUACAUACUCUGUGAGUCUUUUUAAUGAAACACUAUCGAAGAAUGAGAGUAUUCUUGAAAUCCCAUGUGGUUUAAUUGAAGACUCAUCCAUUACUGUGAUUGGGAUGCCCGAUUCUGAACAGGAGAGUUUCCGGAUUGAUCUAGUUGGUUCUCAGCUUCCUGAGGGUGUAACACCUCCUAUAUUAUUGCGUUAUGAUGUUGUUUUGCCAGGUCAGAACUUGACAAAGAGUCCCAUUAUCAUUCAGAAUGCAUGGACUAACGCAUCUGGGUGGGGCAAAGAGGAGAGAUGCCCGGAUCGUGGCUCAUCCGACACACCAGAAGUUGAUGGACUUGCAAUGUGUAAUGCAAAAAUCAUAAGAAGCAACUUGCAACAUAUUUCAAAUGCUAGUCAUCUGGAAAGCUUGAAUCAGGCUGAUGGUUCAAAUGGAACUGCACACGCAAGACCCGAUUUUCCAUUCGUCCAAGGUUACCCGUUUACUGCAACAUUAUGGGCUGGUCUGGAAGGAUUUCAUAUGACUGUAAACGGAAGACAUGAAACUUCUUUUUCCUAUAGAGAGAAACUGGAGCCAUGGUCGGUUAACAAAGUCUGUGUGGGAGGUGGGUUGGACAUCAUAUCUGCCUUAGCAAAAGGACUGCCAGUUUCUCAAGAUCCAGAUUUGGCUGAUGUUGAACAACUCAAAGCUCCAUUAUUAAGUGGCAAGAAACGACUUACAAUGCUGAUCGGAGUAUUCUCAAUGGGAAACAAUUUUGAGAGACGGAUGGCAUUGAGAAGAACGUGGAUGCAGUAUGAAGCUGUACGCUCUGGGCAAGUGGCUGUCCGGUUUUUCAUUGGUCUUCAUACAAGCAAGCAGGUCAAUUUGGAAAUUUGGAAAGAAGCUCAAACAUACAAAGAUAUUCAACUGAUGCCUUUUGUUGAUUACUACACAUUGCUCAAUUUGAAAACGGUUGCCAUAUGCAUUCUUGGGGUAAAAAUUUCUCCAGGCUAACUAUAUAAUGAAAACGGACGAUGAUGCAUUUGUAAGGAUAGAUGAAAUCCUUUCAAGCCUCAAAGAUAAGCAUUCCACCAGUCUCUUGUAUGGCCGAGUUGCUUUUGAAUCUUCUCCCCAUCGGGACAAGGAGAACAAAUGGUACAUCAGUACUGAGGAAUGGCCUCAUUCCUCAUAUCCACCUUGGGCUCAUGGUCCAGGUUAUAUAAUUUCUCGAGAUAUAGCAAAGUUCAUUGUCCAGGGUCAUAAAAAAAGGGACCUUAUGCUUUUUAAACUCGAAGACGUUGCUGUGGGCAUAUGGAUUGAAGAGUUCAAACAAAAGGGUCACAAGGUGCAAUACGUACACGACGAUCGGUUCUACAAUGAUGGCUGUGAGUCAAAUUACAUUCUUGCACAUUAUCAGAAUCCAAGGAUGGUGCUCUGCCUGUGGGAGAAACUACAGAAAGAGAAUCAACCAAACUGCUGCCAGUGAUUUUAUAUGUCACCCAUUGCUAAAAAGUCGAUGGUGAGUUUAUAUUGGCUGUCAACCACUACAGCCUAGCUUAUACUCCGUAUUCUUGUGCUUUUCAUAUUUUGUUUUGUUCCCUUCUCUUUUUGGUUUUCUUUUCUUUCCCUUUUUUCUCUUUUCCCUAUCCUCCACUGGGUUCUCCAUCGAUGAGGCAAUGGAAGUGAUCGGAUUGGACUCAUCUUGAGCGCUACAAGUUCAUUCACUCAUAACAUAAAUCACAAAUAUAGUGGGGAAAAUGGGAAAAGUUUAGAGCAAGAAAUGAUUUGGUGUAAUUAUCAUGAGCUACUCAUUCUGGAGGAUUCGGCUCCAUCCAAUCUGUAUCGGAGCGGUCAAUUCCAAACUGUGUCUGGUUAUUUAACCAUGGUAGUACCUUAUUGCAGCAAGCAAAUUUGUUUUUUCGAAGAUACUUUUUCCAGCAUAAGGGUGGAAAUGAAGAGGACGAUGGGAAGAAACCAGCUUUACACUUCAUGGUGUAGACUGUAGAUAUAGAAUGUGAGGCAUUCAAAUAUAUAUGUUCAGAUUUAAAAAUCUAUUUUGGGACUUUGAUAGCGGAUAUUGUUUUCAUUUUUCAAGACAUUUUUGUGGAUUUGUUGAUCUAGAAAUAAGAACUCAACUAUCUGCAAGAGAAUUAUUAUAGAAAAACGUGGAGUUCGAAAAAUAACUCUAAUUUAUCUGUUAUAUCCCUCGUAAAUCUUCUUACACAACAACUACAAUAUGUAACAAUUCAACACUUCAAUGAAUUUUAUUUUUAUUUGGAUGUAUUUUUAAUUAUAAUAACU